GACAACAACAAUGGCGAACGCUAGAUAUCGUUUCGGCCGUCCAUUCGACCAGGAUGACUCCACCUCAGAAGCUUCAAGUAGCUCAGAUGAUCAGCAUUACAAGACCUCCUACCAGGUCAAUGACAAAAGUUGGAGUGAUGUUAAUAAGUCUCUCCGCCAUCAUGGUCUGGCUGCCGUUAAAGUUCUGCCUCUCUCCCAGGUUUCGUCUUUAUCUGGUAAGGUUGAAUGUUUAGAGGAAGCUGCAUCCUUGGGGCUGCGUGAGAUACUUCUGUCAUUGAUGAAUGACUGUGACCAACGACAAACACUGAUACAUGACCUCAUUACAAAGAAUGACCAGCUCAAAGAGGAUCUAAUGAAACAGUCACACCUCACAGAAAAGUUUCAAAACAAAGCAAAGGACUUAAAGGUGAUGUUGGAGAGCUCCAGAAGUAGGGUUGAGGAGCUGGAGCAUGAAAAACAUGUGAGCAGUUCCCUGGGUAAUGAUGAACUGGAAAGGUCAAGAUCCAAGUCAUACACACCGUCAUCCAGGUGUAAACAACUGGAAGACAGCUGCCAGAAGAAAGAGUUGGAAAUAGAAAAGCUGAGGAGGAAAUUACAGAAAUUAAGUGAUGAGGAAGAAAAACGAUCUUUACGACAGAACCAAAUUUUCCAAGAAUUUAGGAAAAGAACUGCCAGAGCACAUAAUGUUAUGGAUGAGAAGUUAUUGGAUGUGAUAGACUCUUACGAGACCAAGGUGAAUCAUUUACAGAAAGAGCUCAGUUACCUCAGGGCUAUUGAUAAAGACUCUUUACCUCAGCGUUUCAACAAUGGACUCCACUUACACAGUACUGACCUGGUUUCUAGCAGUGAGCAGGGGCUAUUAAAAACUUAUGAAAAGCAGCUUAAAGAAGCUAGAAAACAGUUGAAGAAUCUGGAUGAGAGAAACGAAGAACUCAAACUGGAGUUGGAAGGACGACCACUAAUGAAGGAUUACAGGGCUGCUCAGCAAAGAAUAAAAAAGCUAGAAAAAGUUUUGGCUUCAAAUAAAAUCAGUCUGUCCGGAGAGAAAAGUAGCAAAGACUUGUACCGACGUAAGAGACGAUACAGCACCAGUGUGGAUGAUCUGGAUGUGCUGCCUGUAGAGAACUGUAGAAAGUACCUCAAGGAUCUGUGCAAAGAAAUCGGGGUUGAUGAUGUUGAAGAUAUCAUUUCAACUGUACACAAACAGAAAGAUAGUGAAAAUGAGUUAAACAGGUUUGAAAGGUUUGCCUUAGAUGUACACUAUAUAGUACAGAGUUUAGCCAGCACCUCUGGCAGUAGACGUCACAAACGGGUGAUCUCUAAACAUUCUGAGCAGCUCUCUGAUGAGGGCAUGGACCAUGAUCUAGCUGUCAUAGAGCAAUGGAGGGAGGAUGAAAGACAGUUACCUGGUCUUCAGGAUGCCAUCAAGCGUCUGUCACAUAAAGUGGCCCCGUGGUUACGUCUCAGUUUGUCUGAUGACCUGCCUGUCUGUAAGCUGGUGGCAGUGAUUGAUCGACUCAUAGAGGAUGAGGAUGUACACCAGCUCUCGGGAAAAGAUGAUGGUCUGUCAAAACAACAGCUCAAAGAUAUUGUGUCACACUUCCAGAUGUUGUUUGAAGUACCCCACAUUGCUGGAGUCUUCCCCAGGAUGAAUGACUUGUAUACCAAAUAUGGAGAGGUGCAAAAUGUCCUUCAUACGCUCAGAAAUAUCCUUGGCCUCAAAGAGGAUGCAAAGUCCACAGCUAUUGUAGACUCUGUGGGAAAACUGUGUCAGGCUCACAACUCUACUACUUCAGAUCAGCUGAGACGAUUGUUGCAGGCUGAUGACUUGGACAGUGUCAUUAGACGAUUAGAGGAACAUUCUGUCUUCUUCCCGAUUUUCUAUGAAGUCAUGACAAAGCUAUUAGAUAUUUUGGGUUUAGAAAAGAUGGAUCAAGUCAUUCCUGCAGUAAGAGCACUGAAACUUUUGGCUGCUUGAGAAGCGUUAAAGAAUGCAGGAUAUCCAAGUUCAGGUGCACCAGUCCAGAUUAAAGAAAACCUCGUCUUCAUCUUCCAUUCAUACAGAUUGGUUUCUGUAAACAAUUUGUUAUCAUGUGAAAUUGUAAAUUAGAAAUGCAUGUAUGUAAGUUUUUAUUUGAUACAGUAGGACUAUUUAUUUAUAUAAUAUACACUUAUUACAAAUCAGUGAAAAUAUGUGCUCUUUGGCAGCAAUCUUUAUCAUGAACUUGGUUUGGAUCAAGUCUAAAUAUGAUCCAAGUCAUUAUGAAACCAAAGGCAGGAAAUGAGCCACACACUUUACAAUGUAUAUGCUACAUGGUGCCAAUGAUGAAUCCCCUACAUUUUAUUUUAUAUAAAUGUGAAUGUUUUGUAAGGUGUAGCAGAUGUAGAAUAUUGGUAGCUCUAGUUGGGAAUGUCUGUUUAUAAAUAGUAUUUUGAUGCAUGGUUUAUUAUAAACUACAUGCAAUGCUAUUUUAAAUAAUAAUCAAAUAUCACCUUAAAACCAGUUAAUUUUUAUCUUGGAAUUUCAAAAUAUGGUGUAUUGUAGCACUGUACAUGUAGGUAGCCCAUGUUCAGAUAAUACCCUUACUAGUACAUUCCUAACGGUUCGAAUGUACAUAUACUAGAAAGCCUGAAAAUA